AUGGAACAAUUAUCAUUUACAUUCAAAAAGAUAUUAAAUGAUGAAGAUUUAAUGAAAUUGAUUUGGUUGAAUGUACAUUGUAUUAAUGUGCAACUGAUCAGAUUGUCUGAUAGUGCCUAUUCACAUUACCCAAGAUCACUGUUGAUUAAAUAUAAAGACUAUGAGCGGUGCAAGAGUGCCAGUGAAAUAGAACGUCUAUUUGGAUCAACCUUUUUACGACACCAACUAGCCAAGACACCUGCACCAUUGUCACCGACCAUCUACUUUGAUUGCCAUGUGCAAGACUUGGAGGAUGAAGGUGAAGAAGGGUACAAAGAGUUUUUUGAUGGUCAUCGCAAGCAAAACAGUGAAUGGUAUCAACACGCCAAUCAAAUCAUCCAAUGUCAUCAGGUUCGACCUCAAGAUCAACAAGUGUCACUACUCGGGUACACAUACUUUAAGGAUGGACUGAGGUUGAUAGAGUUGUUUAAAUCAAAGAUGGCAGACCUUUCAUUCCUCACUUGCAAGCCACUCGAAAAGAAGAUAUUCAUUACAAUGCUUCUUGAUGAAUUCAAAUUUAAAACUCUUAAACAACAUGAAUCUAAAUACUAUGGACUACAAGACAGACAAAAAAUAGAAUCAUUAUGUUUGGAUUUAAUUCAAAUUUAUAAUAUUUAUUUAUCCCCCCCUUCAUCCCCUCCACCUUUAUCAUCCUCUUCAUCAUCUGAUAUCAUCGUCAUUUCAGAAGAUAUCAAUACAUUUCAUCUUUAUCGAUACUUUGAACAUCAUAAUGCUACAAAAGGAUUGAAAAAGUUGAUUGCUAAACAUUGCAGCAGCAAACCAUCGGCGAUGAAAUUUAUCGAUGGGUUGAUUGAUAUGGAGGAACGACAUUUCUUUUACAAUCACAUGUUUGACCUUGUUUGCAAGCUUGGGUCUCCCGAACAAGUCAGAUACUACCACUCCAAGAUAGUCGAGGAAAACUCGACUGAAGCAAGAGCGUCGUAUCAUGCAAUGGACUGGGCUGCACAACGAAAGGAUAAAUUUGCAUAUGCAUUAGAGAUUACAACAUUCUUGCAUGAAAAUCGAAAUGAACAAUGCAGUCAAUUUGCAAUACUUGACAAUCACAAUCCUAAAGUUGUAAAGUAUCUACUUGAACAUAAACCUGCGUUGGGACGAUACUACAACAUUCAAACUGCACUCAUGUCUCUAGACCUAGAUUUAUUGAAAUAUACUCAAGUCUAUUUCGAGGGCAACGACGGUGAAUAUCAAGAACAUCGAAAUACCGAACCAAUCAUCAUUUCAAGAUAUUUGAUUGAUCAAAUGGCAAGUCGGCUAUGUGACGACAGUCUGGCAACAAUGCUACAAUAUAUCUUUGACGAGUUUAGAGAUCGACUAGAUAUAUAUAAUCUGUUUGCGUCAAUGUGUUGUUAUGGACGACUCGGUGCAUUCAAACUACUCUAUCAACUCUUUCCAGACAACGACGAUGAUAUUAUCAAUUCUGGUAAAGCUACGAGAACAUCUAUUCUUGAUGAUGCAUUCUUGGUUGGUAUGAAUGAUGAACUUGUCGAAUUUAUCGUUUCAAGUAGACUGGAUGGUGUUGGAUUUACUCAAGAUACAUGGAGUUGGAUUGGACAAUCUGGAACUAUGAAACACCUUGAAAUGGUUCAUCGAGACUGCCAAUCUCGUAACCACACAAUGUAUGAUCAAAGUACACUUGUUGAAGCAUUCAGACAUGGAAACAUCCCCAUCAUCCAAUACUAUUACACCAAUCAUCAUAAAGAGUUGUAUAGUAAAAUUGAUAUUUCAAAUGUAUCACAUAGUUUUAUCAACAAGAAACCCGAGUGGAUUACAUCAUACUAUCUUGACCUAGAACCAACAUUACAACAAUCAGAUCUUCAAUAUUUAUUCUAUCAAUCAUUGGUUUACAAUAGAGUCGAUAUUUCAAAGGUCAUAAAAGAAAGAUUAGACUCUGAUCAUCCUCAACUCUCAGAGAGACAGUUGAACCAUCUAUUCUCACGACACAACCUGUCACUAGCACCACUACAAUAUCUUCUUCAACUUGGAUCCAUCAAACAAGAUUUCCUAAACUCUAAAUCAUUUUUCUUUGCCAACCAUAGUCCUAAAAACUGUCUCAUUUUAUUAUUACAACAAUUUAAUCUUUCAAUUCCAGAGAAAAUGAAAAAGAUCAAGAGAGAAGUUAAAAAACAAAUCAUUCCUCCAUUACCCUCCUCAUCAUCCUCAUCUUCUUUACCUUUUUCAACUUCAACUUUAAAGAUUAUUUCAUCAGUAUUUUCAAACAAAUAUUUAUUAAACAAAAUAUUAUCAUUUACUCAUUUACCAUCAUUGGAAAGAUUGGAUUGGACAAGAGUAAAACAACCAAAAGAUUUAUUGAUCAUGUCACCCAAAUAUUUCCUUGUACUUUUUAAACAAGGUAAACUCGAUCAGCUGAUUGACCAGUCAUUCAUCACGCACUUGGUGAAAAUGUCACUCAAUCUAGAUAUUUUCAAUCUUGUACUCAAAAAUCAUUUGCAUCUCUUUACGUGGUCACACCUUGAAAAGAUGGAGGAUAUGGUAAUGAUUGAUUUGUUGGCAAAAGCACUAAUUGACAACAAUAGGGUGAUCGAGAUACCCGAGGACUCUACUAUAAACUAUACACAUCAACAUGUCAUUUCAUAUGCCUAUUCAAAGUAUCGUCGUUAUAAACUCAUUCCACUCAAUCGCCUAUCACCCAAAUCAUCCAUCUACCAAAAGUACACCAAGAUAUUGGAUGUUGAUAAACACUCGUUUACCUAUCUCGGACCUGAUGACCACGUUCUCUAUGGGUUUCCCUUGGCUCGUAUGAACUUUGAAGAAGGAGAAGAUUGCCCUAGAUCCCAAGACGCGUACGACAUUAAAGAGCUGGUUGUAAUGAUACACGACCCACGUUAUUUACGAUUGUCAACAACCUUGUCAUUGGCAUCUGGAGUCAGCUCUUACCAAACUAAAAACCAACAUCAUAUCAUCCGAUUUGUUCAUCAAAAUGUAGGGGAUAUCCGAACCCUUUUAGGACUCGAUUACGCUAUCCCACACCUUCAAGUUAUUCUCCACCAUGUUCCCAACCUAUCGCUACGGUCGUCUUACAAUGACAAACGUCCCCAACCUCUCUUUAAAAAGCUGGAUGAUAAUUUAGGCGACCUCACAAAUCUCGAUUAUUACUUUAGUCUCUACGGACUGCCCGCCAGAACCAAACGAGUGGAAUGUGAUCAAACUUUGCUCCUUGGUAAAACACUUACUUUGGAAGGAAUCAAAGAUAUGUACUAUCGAUUAAAUUUGGAUGUUAAAUGGAACAAGCUUCAUACAAGAAGUAGUAUUCAAACGACAGCCAUUACUUCUGACAAAUCAACACCCUAUUUUUGUUAUCAUAUGGGGAUGUCGACAGAAACAAUCCUUGAACGUUGCGAGGAUGUCUAUCAAUACCCACAGUUGGUAUCUUCUCUUUUACCAUUACAUCUAGAGACAAAGGAAGGAGGAGAAGAAGGAGAAGGAGGACAGGGGGGAUUGGAAGACCAAAGAAUACUUGAUGUUCAAGCCAGUAUUGAUUUGGAUUAUUCUCUUAUUGCAGAAUUGAUCAAGAUACAUCUUGUUCGUACAGAGAGUCUAUUACAACAACCAAAUCCAACAUUUCGCAACCAACCAUGGUACUUUUUAAACAAUGAAUCGCAUCAUGUGUCACGACCAACCAAUCCCGAUGCCAAGCAAUACUUUGAAGGUCCACGACCCAAUGGAUUCCAUUUACCAGUGUAUGCACUACACCUACUCGACACUAUCAAAUUGCAUUGUCCAUUCUUGUCGAGUAUGAUCUUUGGACACCCAAACACACAACCACUUGUACAAUCAUCAUCAUCGUCAGAUGACAAAACAAGAGAGAUUGGAAACAUCCGUGACCACAUAGAAAGACUGUUUAUGUGUAUCCUAAGACUUGGAACACCUGAUAUGUUUAUAACCAUCUGUCAUCAAUCACCAGACUAUGCAUCACUUGUCCAUCGUUUUAUAAAGGAGAAUAGAUCACACAAAGAUGCAACUCCAUCAAUGAUAGAAUACAUCUAUUCUAUAUUAGACCAACAAGAACGUAUCAAAGCAUUGUCCACUGCAACUAGCACUAUCAUCAAUACCAUCAAAAAAUACCAUACUAUUCGAAAGAUUUGGUUUCAAACAUACAGUAUUAAUAAUAAUAAUAAUAAUAAUAAUAAUAAUAGUAAUAAUAGUAGUAAUAAUAAUCAAUCCUCUUCUACACCAUCACCAUCAUCAUUGUCAUUGUCAUCGCAACCAAAAUAUCUUCCAGCUCUCAUCAGUGAACGUAGUCCAUUAUUUUUAAAAUAUAUUUAUCAACAAGAUUUUAAUAGUUGUCUCCUCUCCUUUAAUAACAAUACAUCAUAA